AACGAAUGCUGGGAUUGGAGACACUCGCAAGAUUCCAGAAGGACGUCAAGCGAACCGACACCGGAUUCCUCGCGAUAGCAACAGAGGUGGAGAAUGACAAAGAGAAAGCCUCGGAACCUUCAGGAAAAAUCAAGGAAUUACUGAAAGAGUUCCAAGAUAUUCUUCCCGACGACCUCCCGAACGAGCUGCCGCCAUACCGAACGCACCAACACGAGAUCGUGGAAGAACCCCGCUCGAAGCCAACCUUCCGAGCACCAUACUGGCUCAGACCUAUAGAGCUAGCCGACAUGAAAAAGCAGAUCGAGUAUCUCCUUGCCAAAGGACUGAUCCGACCAUCCACUUCGCCAUACGGUGCCCUAGUACUCUUCACACCAAAACCGGACAGAAGCCUGCGCAUGUGCAUCAAUAACCGAGCUCUCAACAAGCAUACCAUAAAAAACAAAUACCCGAUUCCACGAAUCGAUGACCUGCUUGACCAGCUUCGGGGAGCUACGGUAUUUUCAAAACUAUAUCUGCGGUCCAAAUACUGGCAGAUAAGAAUGGCGGACGAUUCCGUUCACAAAACUGCCUUCCGAACUCGGUACGGAUCGUACGAGUAUUUGGUAAUGCCGUUCGGACUCACCAACGCACCGGCAACAUUCCAAGCCAAAAUGAACCACAUACUAUGCCCACUCUUGGAUGAAUGCAUGGUAGUGUACAUGGACGACAUCCUCAUUUACUCGUGUGACAUGCAGCAGCACAUCCAACACCUGCGACGCGUCUUCGACAUUCUUCGACGAGAACGGUACUAUGUCACGUUAUCCAAGAGCGAAUUUGCCCUCGAGCAAGUCCGAUUCCUCGGACACAUGGUGAGCGCUCAAGGAGUUCAUGUCGACCCCAAGAAAAUCGAAGCUGUACGCACGUGGAAGACACCCGAGAAUGUGAAGGAGUUACAGCAUUUCCUUGGCUUCGCUAACUACUACAACAGGUUUGUGCCGCAAUACGUGAAAAUUGCCUCGCCACUCACGAAUCUGCUGAAGAAGAACACGCCCUAUAAAUGGGAGCCACAACACCAGGAAGCCGUGGAGCAGCCAAAGCAAGCACUCACGUCCGCACCUGUACUCAUCUUGCCAGGCCCCGAACGCGACUGCGUCAUCGAAGCUAACGCCAGCGACCAGGCAGUGGGAGCAGUCUUGAUGCAAGACCGGGGGAAUGGACUGCAACCAAUUGCCUACCUCAGCAAAAAACUACACGGGACAGAACUCAACUACCCGAUACACGACAAGGAGGCCCUUGCUAUUAUCAUCGCCUUCAAAACAUGGAGAUGCUAUCUCGAAGGACGCAAAACAAUAGUCUACGCCGACCAUUGCAGCCAAAAUAUUUGAAGAUGCAACCAAGCCUCUCCAGAACUGAAUGGAUGACUAGAAGUGGAAACCUAGAACAAAUACUAGUUGGUUGUACUCACUAGAAGCAUACCUCAGUCUAGCC